CCGCCAGCUGGCCGGCCACAGAUCACCAUAGUCGUGGGACCCACACACACACACUCUCACUUAAAAACUCAACUGCACUGUAUAUUGCGUCCCUUCCUCGAACACUUUCUCACUCGCCGGAGAAAAAAAUAAAAUUAAGGAAAAAAAAAAAGAAAAACAAUUGUUGGCAAGAGUAAGUUUGAAGAAAAACGACCCAUCAGGAUAUGUGUGGCGUAAUUGCAGUAGCAGUGAAAUUUUGUGCUUUUGGGUGAUUCGGAGAAUAGAGACAAAACGGUUAUGGCAAAGAGCGGCGUGUUUGAAGGGGAUCGGCCGGCGGAGAGGGCAGCGGAGCUCAAGAAGGAGUUGCAGAAGCUGGUGAGGGCGAUUGUGGACGAGGACGACGUCAAUUUGGAGGCGGUCGAUAGGGCCCACCAGAUGCUUACGGCGAUGAGGGAUUUGAAAUUGAAGAGAGCAGCAUCGGUAAAGCUGAGAGGUCGUCAAUGUGAUCGGGAGAUGGAUUACUCGGCGGCGCCGGAGGAGUUCGUAUGCCCCCUUUCCAAGGAGCUCAUGAGGGAUCCCGUGAUUAUUGCCACCGGACAGACUUUCGACCGGCCUUUCAUUCAAAAAUGGCUAAAAGCAGGGAACAGAACAUGCCCAAAAACCGAACAAGUCCUCUCACACACCAUCCUCACACCAAACCACCUCAUUCGCGACAUGAUCACACACUACUGCAAAACCAACGGCAUCAAUUUACCCGACCCUAUCCAAUACGCCAGCGAGGACACCCUAACACAAGCCGAACGCGACCUUUUCCUAUCCCUACUCGACAAAAUGUCCACAUCAUCCCAACAGAAAGAAGCCGCCAAACAACUACGCCUCUUGACAAAAUCAAACCCAUCUUUCCGAGCCCUUUUCGGCGAAUAUCACAAUUCCAUACCCAAGCUAGUAUCCCCUCUUUCUCACAAAAACGGGGUCCACCUCCAAGAAGACAUAGUCACGACCCUUCUAAAUAUCUCGAUCCACGAUAACAACAAGAAGCUCGUGGCCGAAACUCCCAAUGUGAUCGAUUUCUUGAUCGACGCGCUGAAAAAGACGUGCACGAUAGAGACGCGCUCGAAUGCAGCUGCCGCCCUUUUCACGCUAUCGGCUCUCGACUCGAAUAAGGCCCUCAUCGGUAAAUCGGGCGCCUUAAAACCAUUGAUCGAGCUCUUGGACGAAGGACACCCUUUGGCUAUGAAGGAUGUGGCCUCGGCUAUUUUCAACUUGUGCAUAAUUCAUGACAAUAAGGUGAGGGCAGUUAGGGAGAGGGCAGUGGCAGUGAUUCUUGAGAAGAUCUCAGGCGGGACCCACGUGGAUGAGUUGCUUUCUAUACUCGCGAUGCUCUCGACCAAUCAGAAGGCGGUGGAGGAAUUGGGGGAGCUCGGUGGGGUUUCUUGCUUGCUCGGGAUUAUUAGGGAGGCGUCGUGUGCUCGAAACCAGGAGAAUUGUGUGGCGAUUUUGUACACGAUUUGUUUUAGUGAUCGGUCGAAGCUGAAGGAGGUUCGGGAGGAAGAGAAUCUGAACCAGACGAUUUCACGGCUUGCGAGAAAUGGGACAUCGAGGGCUAAGAGGAAGGCCAACGGGAUUCUCGAGAGGCUGAACAGGGCAGUUAAUCUCACGCACACAGCUUGAUUGAUCGAUCGGCUGGCUUUUUUUCUGUAAAUUCUGAGUGAUCUUGGUUCUUUUUGGUCUGUGGAGAAUAUAUAUGAGGUAAGAUUUGUUGUUUGAUUUGGACUUUUUCCUUGUUGUAUAUAGACAAUGUAUUGUGUACCUAUCGAUGCAUGAGCAUGGUUUUGAUCUUUUCGUAUGUGCGGUUUUAUAAUAAUUGUGAAUAAGAAUUUGAUGGAAAUGGGAAGGAGUUUUUGAAGUGUUGUUGAUUCAAAAUGGUUGAUGCCCAUGGGCAAUUUUGAUGUUGUUCAGUGAUGGUUUAGCACAUGGGGUUUUGAUUCAGGUUGCUUGAGUAUUAGUUGAAUCAUUUUAAGUUCUUGUUUUGGAUUUGUUUGUAAAGUCCAAAUACUUGCUUGCUGGUGUGAUUUUUUCUGGAAAUGAUGUUGAGAG